AUGUAUACGCAACGUAUGUUUGAUAUGUGGAGCAGUGUAACAUCCAAAUUGGAAGCACACGCAAACACUUUGGGCCAGAGUAAUGUGCAAUCACCAGGACAAAAUAAUUCCAGUGGAUCAAUAAAAGCUCAAAUCGAAAUAAUUCCAUGCAAAGUCUGUGGCGACAAAUCGUCUGGUGUACAUUAUGGCGUCAUAACAUGUGAAGGAUGCAAAGGGUUUUUUCGUCGCUCACAAAGUUCUGUAGUUAAUUAUCAGUGUCCUCGGAAUAAACAAUGUGUUGUCGAUCGUGUUAAUCGAAAUCGGUGUCAAUACUGUAGACUGCAAAAGUGCCUAAAAUUGGGAAUGAGCCGUGAUGCUGUUAAAUUUGGCAGAAUGUCGAAAAAACAAAGAGAAAAAGUUGAAGAUGAGGUCAGGUUUCACCGAGCACAGAUGAGAGCGCAGAGUGACGCAGCUCCAGAUAGUUCUGUUUUCGAUACACAAACGCCGUCUAGUAGUGAUCAAUUGCAUCACAGUUAUAACAGUUAUGGUUACUCCAGCAACGAAGUUAGUUAUGGAAGCCCAUACGGUUAUUCAGCAUCAGUAACUCCUCAACAAACAAUGCCGUACGAUAUAUCAGCCGAUUAUGUUGAUAGUACAACAUAUGAGCCCCGCAGUACAAUGAUGGAUCCCGAAUUUAUUAGUCAUGCUGACGGUGACAUUAACGAUGUACUCAUAAAAACACUGGCGGAAGCACAUGCAAAUACGAAUACGAAACUUGAAGUCGUGCAUGAUAUGUUUCGAAAGCCUCAGGAUAUUUCAAGAAUACUUUUUUAUAAGAAUCUUAAUCAAGAGGAGCUUUGGCUAGACUGCGCAGAAAAAUUAACCCAAAUGAUACAAAAUAUAAUCGAAUUUGCAAAGCUGAUACCUGGUUUCAUGCGUCUAAGUCAGGAUGAUCAGAUUUUACUUUUAAAAACUGGCUCAUUUGAGUUGGCAAUCGUAAGAAUGUCUAGAUUGCUCGAUCUCUCACAGAAUGCUGUGCUCUAUGGCGAUGUGAUGUUGCCACAGGAGGCAUUUUACACAUCAGACUCGGAAGAAAUGCGUCUUGUGUCGCGUAUAUUUCAAACGGCUAAGUCUAUAGCUGAACUUAAAUUGACUGAAACAGAGCUGGCACUAUAUCAAAGCUUAGUACUGCUCUGGCCAGAACGAAAUGGAGUGCGUGGAAAUACAGAAAUCCAGAGGCUUUUUAAUUUGAGCAUGAAUGCCAUACGGCAAGAGCUUGAAGCUAAUCAUGCGCCCUUAAAGGGAGACGUUACAGUUUUGGAUACGUUGUUAAAUAAUAUACCCAAUUUCCGCGAUAUUUCAAUAAUGCACAUGGAAGCACUGAGUAAAUUUAAGCAGCAACAUCCUGAAGUCGUGUUCCCGGCAUUAUAUAAAGAACUCUUCUCAAUAGAUUCACCGCAGGAUCUGACAUAACACCAAGAGAACUUUGUUGAGACCACAGCCGCAAUUGAUGUGCCGCAUGCGUCUGAGACCACAACAACAAACAACAUUACAACAACAAAGGACCAUCAAUAGUUGUUGACGGAAUGUACGAAACAAUUUGGGAAAUUAUGUGAAAGCAGCAUGGAAAAAGGGACGUAGUAAAAAUUCAGAAAUAAUAAAAAUUAUUAAUAAACAUUUAUUAUUAUAAACAAAAAACAAGAAACAAAAAACAAACAACAAAAAACAAGAAAAUUAUUCUCAGUUAUUUCUUUGAUUGUUAAAAUUUGCAUAUAAAAAAACACAAAAACAACAAACAUUAAAUAAAAAAUAAAUAUUAUAAAAUAAAAAAUAAUUACAGACGAAAUUCAAAAGUCGUUAAGUGGUGGACAGGAUGA